GGCAUGUUGACCCUUUCUUCUUUUUCUAACCUAGUACUGCAAAGACUCUUUCUUUACUUGGUGAUUGCUUUGCAGUUCUUGUUGACCUUAUUGGACCGAAUAAAUGUUCACCCUGAUAAUUAUGUGUACAGGAGUAAAUCACUGAAUUUCCUUGUGGACAACAUGGCCGUCUAUAAGUACCUGGAAAUUAGAAAAUCUAAUUCGUUGGCAUUGGAAAGUUCACAACAUUUCAAAAAAGUUAUAAACACAUUAAGUGGUCUCUCUUUUACAAAGCAAUUAUCCAUUAAUAUGAAGCAAAAGGUGGUUAUUCAAUUAUCCAUGAAUGGGAAUGAUCAUAAAUCUCGUUCCAAGGCCUUCAAGAUUGCGGUUUCUCAGCCAGGGGUAGAAUCAGCAGCCAUACAAGGACAAGAAAAUAACCAAUUAGAAGUUGUGGGUGAGCAGAUUGAUGCAGUGGUACUGACCAAUUUGCUUAGAAAAAAACUUGGCCUGGCUGAGAUUGUCACAUUUGGCCCUGUUGCUGUUGGUGACAAAAAUAAGAGCCAAGAUUUAAUGGUGCAGUGGCAACCUUAUAAUUACCAGUCUCAUUAUGUAGUCCCUCAAUAUCCUGUUUAUGAAGUUAGAGAUUCAUAUCAACAGGGCUGCUCUAUUAUGUGAAUGUUAAAAAAUGCACAAUAGACUUAGGCGCUAUUGCUAUUUCUGUAAUUGUGUAUCAUGUAAUUUUCAAAUUUCAUAUGGAAUGGUGUGGAUACACGCACGCUUAGUGUAAUUUAAUGUCUCUAACAAGUUAAACACCAUCUCUU